AUGUAUCUAAUAGGUUUGACAACAACAAUCACAGCUUUUGCGAUAUGUUUCGGCGAUUUGAUGUGCUGUUACGCAAGUCGACAAAAGAAACAACUCUCGCCAGCGUUACAACUCGAAGAUAAUAUAAAUUCUCUUUUGCGCCUUAAUGAAUUGGGCUAUAAACGAUCAUUUGAUGAUCAAUUAUCGCAUGCAUCGCCAGCAAUGGAAUUGAGCGAUAGUUUGAGUGAUUUGUUAUCACUGCAAGAUAUUGGCAAACGACGUGCGUUAAGUCCAGCAGAACAAUUCGCUAAACAACUUGACAUCAUGCAACAUUUGGUAGAAGUAGGCAAGAAAAGAUCACUAUCACCUGCAACAGAUUUCCAGCAGCAACUGAAACAAUCGCAGAUAUUAUUGGAGGCAGGCCGUUAA